UGCGGUGUCACCGUGUUAUGGUUCCCCCUCGUGUGCGGACGUUCACGUGAAGCGCGGAAAAUCGUAAUUGUCUUCAUAGUUUUCCAACAUGCAUGUAGCACACGAACUAGAGCUCUUCCCCGACCACAGGGUGACUCAAAUGCUUUUCAAGGAGGUCAAAAAUGCCGCAGAGUUGAGACAGUGUGCGGUGGAGGGUAAAAUAAAGGGUGCCCUGAUUAACCCGACGAUGCUGGUGAAUCCUUUCCAAGUACUGGUAGCUGCCAACAAGGCUGUCAACUUACAGAAAAUUGGGAAAAUGAAGACUAGAAGCCUGUACUCAGAAAUAAUCUUCAACCUGUCACCUACUAAUAAUAUCUCAGAGGCGUUCAAAAGGUUCGGGAGCUCUGAUGGCGACGACUCCGUCCUGGUGGUCCUGGUUCACGACAAAGACAAGCCCCAGCUGCUGUCAGACAUCACAGCCAGGGUGAGCGGACGCCAGGUUCCAGCAGAAGAUGUUUCCUCGCUGACAGAUCAUGCCAAAAUCAAAAAGCUUUAUAAAAUCACCCCCCAGGAGGAGAAGUGUGGGACUCUGCUGGACGCGGUUGUAUGCAGGAUGGCCUCGAAGGACAUCAUGUAGCUACGGGAAAAAGGACUUUAAAAAAACAACAAAUGGUCGCCUUUUUUUAUGAGAUCUGGAUUCAUAUUGAUAAUGUCUUUCCUGCUGUCCCAAAAUAUGCAAACCUCGUCUCCACAGAAACUCAAAUUAAUCGAAAGUAAACCAGCUGAAAAGAAAAUAUAUCUUAUUUUUCAUAUAUCUUUUCAUGGUCUUUUUUUCCUGCUCACACUAGUUGUUAGACUCGUGUCAUUUGAGAGGCAGUUAGGGAAGUCAUAACACUUUUUUUUUCUUUGUCUACAGUUCCCACAGCAACUUUUCAUGCUUCAGUCAUUUGUACCUUUUUGGAGAAAGUUAUUUUUGUGUCUAAAAGUUUGAAGGUGGGCUCUGGGUUUAGGGACAGUUGAUUUAAAACUAGUCUCAUGCCAGCAGUUGGUGAAUAAUGAAUCUAAAAUGCUCUGGGCCGAAUAUCUGCCAGAUCUCAACACAUGAAAUAUUCAGUCAAACCCUCUCAGCCGAAGAAGUCAAGAAUAUCAAAUGUACUGGUGGUCUAAAACAUUUGGAUGCAGCUUUGUUCUUUUAGAUCACAUCGAAAGGAAUUCUGUAACCAAAUGUAAAAUGUCUCUUCACUUCACUCACAUGAAACAUUCACGUUCUCUCAAUGACAUGGGCAUUGCAAUUAUUUAGAUUUUCCACAUCAGAAGACCUGAAUAGUAUUUUAUUUUUAUUUCCCACUAAGAAAAGUCACGUUAUAGUAGUGUACAUUUGUCAGCCCGGGAAGUUAACGAGCUCGUCCUUUCCAAUGUUCUCUCCUCUGAGGAUGCACACCACGCUCUUCCCCUCCAGCUCGGGUAUCUUGUCGUUAACGAUGGCGGCGAACGCGGUGCAGCCCGACGGCUCCACCACAAGGCCGGACCUGUAGAGGGUGGACACGGCCGCCUUGAUCUCUUCAUCGUUUAUGAGGACAAUCCCCUCCACGUAACGCUGACAUAACUCGAAGGGCAGUGUGCCUGCGAUGCAAAGAAAAGGAGAGAGUCACAAAUGAGUAUCGGUAACAAUUAAGAAGGUCUUCAGCCUAAAAUGAUAAGCCUGAAUCUAACUUCAAGCAUCCAUAAUUUAAAGCCACAGAGAGAAAGAUUGAGAGAAAAGACUUGCACAUGAUACCUGUAAAAAGGUGGUGCAAGUCCUGAGGCGAUGCUCUUGGUGUCCAUGCCCACUGGCUUCUUCUUAAUGAAACUCCUGUACAUGGUGCAGGCUGGGUUUAAACAGAAACACAACGGGCCCAAAGUUCACUAAGUAGACCAACAGUCGGCAGAUAACCUCUAACCUGUAUCAGGGUGGAUCUGGACACGGGGGCCGUUUCGGGCAUCAC